AUACGUUAUUAUGCCGGCAGUCUACUCCAUGCUGCUGCAUAGUGUUUACAAUUGUAGAACCGCUCAUUAAAGGGCCGAGACGAUUACAUGCUACAUUCUAACCGAAAAAUUGUUUACAUUCAUUUGACACUCGUCAAAUUUUAAUUUUCACCGAUAAUAUUGAAUUAAAGGACAAAAUGGACAAUUUUCCAAGACUGCAUCCAGUAAAUAAAGAUGCUCGUCCAGCUUGUAAAAAAUGUGGAUAUCCUGGACACCUUACUUUUCAGUGUAGGAACUUCGUCAAAGUCGACCCAAACAAGGAUGUUGUUUUAGAUGUAAGCAGUACCAGUUCAGAGAGUGACGAUGAUUAUAUCACUCCCCUCAUUGAGUUGAGAGAGCAGGAAUUAAAAGAGAGCUUGGAAAAAUCCAAAGAAAAAGAAAAGAGUAAAAAGGAUAAGAAGAAAAAGAAAAGAAAGAAGCAUAAAAAAAGUGAACGGCGCAAUGAUUCAGACACAGAUAGUUCAUCUGAUUCCGAAUCAGAUUCAGAUUCAAGUUCAGAUUCUGACCACAAAAAGAAACACAAAAAGAAAAGCAAAAAAUCAAUAAAGAAGAAAAGGAAACAUCAUAAAAAACAUCACAGUAGUGAUAGUGAAAGUGACUCUGAUAGUGAUCAUCACAAAAGACGUCAUCAUAAGAAAAGAAAACAUUAAUUUGCGCCGCUUCAUCAUUAAGUAAAUAUUGAGAAAAAGUUCUGAUUAAUUUGACACAAAUGGACAUGAAGAGAUAACUCAUUUGGACCAAUUAAUUUUUUAAAAGAUAAUCAAUUUAUACAUUUAGCUCUAAUAAAUCUACUAUUUUAUCUCA